GAUUUGCAUAACGUGAGAGCCUCCCUUCUUCGUCUGUUACCUUGCGAACAGGUCGAUAACUGGUCUAAAAUCCAACAUGUAUAGCCAAGAGGAUACGAAACAUGUUGUCAGCAAAUGCUUGAAGUAUUUAUUGUUUACUUUCAACCUGUUUUAUUGGAUUGUUGGUAGUGUUAUGUUUGGAAUUGGUAUCUGGGCAGUAACACAGAAAAGUACUUUCACACAACUAGCAUCUGUUGCCACUGAYCCUGCAGCCAUWCUCAUUGCUGUUGGUAUUCUCAUCAUCAUUAUAUCGUUCUUUGGUACUGUUGGUGCACUGAGAGAAUACAUCUGCUUUUUACAGUUYUACAAAUGGACAAUGGUGGUGAUUGUCAUCCUUGAAAUUCUCGCUGGGCUAUUAGCAUUUGCUUUCUGGCCUGAGGUUGAGGCAUCCCUUGAAACRCAAUUAAAGAAAGGCAUAAAAAAYUACAGAGAAAACAUCGACCUUCAAAACAUUAUUGACAAAGUUCAAACAGAGUUUCAAUGCUGUGGAGGGGGAAGUUCCAAUGACUGGGAUAUCAAUAGAUACUUCAAGUGUGGUGGACCUUCACCUGAAGAAUGUGGAGUACCGCAUACCUGCUGYAGGAUGAAAGAAGGACAGCAAAUCAACAUUCAAUGUGGAUGGCAAGUCAGAAAGCAAGUUCGAACAGAGCAGAAGAAGACGAUUUACGUCACUUCAUGCAUAAGCGCAUUAAAGAUUUGGUUUAAAGAUCACAUGUUUAUUGUUGGUGCUGUUGCAAUUGCUUUAGCUUUUCCUCAGUUUCUGGGAAUUAUYCUUACGCACAUCUUUGUGGGGCAAAUCCAGGAGCAAAUUGAAGAAUGCAGUAAGCCACCAAUGUACAAGUAUCGACCUGACAGACAACCACUUGCAGUAGAUUCUUAGUCUUGUUUAGAAUAUUCUGUGGGAAGCGUCAUUCAAAAAUACCUCUAGUAACUUUCCAAUUCAGUUAUCGAACAAGCACUCCACUUUGAAUAGUUUCACUUGCAUUUGCUAAUCGUCAGAAUCUGGCAUUUCUUGCAACUAACCAGUGUUAAUUAAAAAAAACAAAAGCGUUAGAACCCCCAUGUUGUAAUAGUUAACCAAGGAYAAGUGAAGUGCCUUAAAUUAAAUUUGUAAAGGUUAAGAUCAUCCAUAAGUAAAUUGUUGUGCUAUAUCUAACAAAGAGAUUUUGUGUCARUGUGCCACAAUAAGCCACUGUGUGUCAUGUGGURCUACAAAAURUACUUCUCUUAUUUCAGCAUUUUCUAUGCAGACUGCAUAUUCUAUGUGAGGUUUUGCAUAGUUAUGCAAAGUCUCCUCAAGGGUGUAAUUGUAUUAGUUUUUGUAAAAAGGUUACCCUCUGAUGAAGGGUCUUUUGUAUCUAUCAUAGCUAUCAGAGGCUUUGAAACAUUUCAUCGCAUGAAAUUUAAAACUGUAAGAUACUUUAUUUAAACCUGUCUGUAUGUAAUCRCAUAUUUUUUCACAUGAUGUUCUGUAAACACUUUAUAAAGACUUACAGUACUUCUACUUCAUUUGCAAGAAAUCAGGAAGUGAUUAAAUUCUAAAGUCCACCAGUGUGUUCAAUCCUGUCUCUUGCCAAUGUGGUUUUGAUUUUAGUAGCUGUGCUGUAACAAAACCAUAGUCUAGAAAGAACAUCUAUUUUCAAGUUAAUUUUGACAAAUAAACAACUGUUUUCGUAAUUA